UGGAGGGAAGAUGACUUUCUACGAUGGCAUUUACCCGUUCUACUCGCUACAAAGAAGCUCGUUCAUCAUCGACAUCAGCCUGCUGGUCGCGAUCCUGGUUUUCUCGGUUCUGGCUGUCAGUUUCAUCUUCAUUCUUCCAGGAAUACGUGGCAAAUCGAGACUGUUCUGGAUGUUCAGGAUAAUCACUAGUUUAUUUAUCGGGGGUGUUUUAGUUGUGUUGAAUUUUACCGGAGACUGGGCUGAAGCCAGCGUGAAGGCCAACGCCACCUACAAAUCCUUCAGUACCGCAGUGGUGUCCGCUGAGGUGGGACUGCACGUGGGCCUGUACGGAAUAAACAUCACACUCAGAGGCGAGCCAGUAUCGCAGAUAAACGAGACCAUCGACUACAACGAGAUCUUCAGUUGGUCGAGCAGCGUGGACGAGCAAUACGGCGACGCGCUCGAGAGGGGUCUUCCUGACCCCAUCCUUUACAUCGCAGAGAAGUUCACACGCAACAGCGCCUGCGGGCUCAUCUUCCAGUACAGAUACUCAGGCCGCUUCGCCUCAGCCAAUCUCUGGACGGCUUUUUGCUGCUGGCUGGUGGCCAAUAUCCUCUUCUCAAUGCCCGUCAUCCUCUACGCCGGGUACAUGAUGAUAGCCACGGCUGCUUUCAUCUUCUUCUCCGUGGCUUCCUUCUCAACUAUAUACAACGUGCCCCGAUGUGACUUCAGUAUAGGUGCGGAGUCCUUAAGGACAGACUACAGCCACUCCUUCUGGAUCGCUUUGGCAACGGGUUUACUGUGCGCUGUGAUUGGUUUGGUGGUGGUGUUGCUGGAUUGUCUGUUUCCUGCGAGGAUGAGGGAGGCGUUCAGCGUUGGCGUGGACUACGAGGAAGACGAAUGCCAUACCGAUGAAUGCUACCUCAACUCAGGCUUUCUAGAGGGAGUGAUCUCUGACGACAUCACACAGACGGGGAAUGGCUCUUUGCCUCAGCAGAUCACUACAUUAACAAGGCUUUGAGGGGCGGUUUGUUGUCAUCCACAACUAUUACUUGAAAACUUGCAGACUGAAACUUUCUGGGAGCAUCUGUAUAUAAAUUGUUACUGUUUCUAUUGUUCUACGUCAUAUACAUGUAAAUAACGCGCAAAAAAUAAAAAAUAAAAAUAUAUUGUAAAAAUCCAAUUCUACAAUGUGUCCAUUUUCAUUAUUUAUGUAUGUACUUUAUAGUGAGAUACUAUGCACACAUUAUUGUAAUAACGACAUUUGGCGAUAUCAAGAUUGAAUUCAUAACCACGUGAAUGUGGAAAUUUACAGAUAAUUUAAUUCAAGGUAUAUUAAACUAGACUUAUUAUCAUCAACUAGAAACUAAAACCAUAAAAAUAUCAUUUUCAAUACUUGAAAUUAGUGC